AUGACAAGGGUCAUCGUUUCUACCUUCGAAGAUGAACUCUUAGCGAGUCUGCCACAAUCAACAACCUCGAAAAUCUUUGACAGAUCGGCUCUCACUCUGGAACCUACAAGCCCUUCAUCUCUUGCUGCAUAUCGCCAAAAGAUUUUCAUCAUGGAUUCUCAAGAUCAGUUCCUAGAUACCCCAAGAGAAAUCUUCUACUCAGCCAACACCAGCCCCGUUCGCCCUCUAUCUGCGGCUCCAAGCAUUGCAGUUACUGCGACUGAAGGUGCCGUACCUGAAGAGACAGACACUUCUCGAAUCGAGACUUCACCAACCACCGUCAGUAGUUCACCAACCUCAGUGUACACCACCGCAGUGGCUGGAUUCUGCUUCUGUGGGAAGCCUUGCGACGGUCUUUGUUCAGGAUGCUGCGACACACCUGGACAGGAAGAUACCUACUACUGCAGUUCUAAAUGCCAAGAUACAGACAGACCAGCACAUAGACAGAUCUGCAAAGCUGUGAAUACGCUUCGAAGUCUGUACCGCGCUGCCGAAUGUCUUCAGGAGAUUUAUUACAUGUACCGCGCGAAGACGUUUGACAGACUUGUGACCAAGAUCGAGAAGACUAAGGAGGGUGGUCAUACCCAGCUGAUUGUUCACGAGGAUAAGUCUAGACGUCCGACCAAUGACUUACAGUAUCUUCACAAGCUACCACACGACUUGUUUGGCGAGGAUUCUCAGGACGAUGAGGACAAUGAGAAUAAAGACAAAAGAGCUAUUCUCACUCAUGGCGUCAGCGCACAGUCCAUCGUCUGGAUGCAUGAUCUCAUUGGCUACUUCUUGAGCAACUGCGCAUACACAAUCAGCGAACAACGAGUCGUCCCAGUCCCAGGCACCCAAUCCGUCCUAAUAAUCUAUUCACAAGGCUACCCAGAUCUCUACCCCCGAGAACACUUCAUCCUAGUAAUCACCCUGCACAACCUAGCCGGCACUUACGCCCUCGAUCUUUGUGGCGCUCAAUACGGCCACUUCAACACCCUCACCCCAUUCUCCGAGUACUCCUCCCGCGGUCUUCCCAAUGCACCUCCCACCCCAUUCAGCGGCAGACACUCCAUGCGUUGGGGAGUAAACUGUGUGCGCAAUGAGCAGAGUCGGCGGGGUGCGCUGACGAGGAUUAAUUUGUUGGCGUCGGAGAAGUUGGUUAGUGGUGCGGUGGAGUGGGAGAAGGAGUAUGGGACGAGGAUUGAGAGUAUGUUGCAGGCUAGUCCGGAGGUGUUUCAGAAUAGGAAGGAGGGUUUGGUGCAUUAUUUGGCGUAUGAGGUUCAGACGAGGCUGGAUGAUAUGGCUGUGAGGGCGGCGGCCGCGGAGGAUGCUAAGCCUACUGUUACUGCUGCUGCUGCUGCUUUUGUGUUGGAUCCAAGAAUUACAAGAAUUUGA